AGCCCUAAACGCAUGCGCGCUCCCGCCCGUGCCAGACAAGAUGGCCACUCGGUAACGCGUCUUUCAAUUGAUUUUUAUUCCGUUCUUCCCAUACCGUUUGCAUCCGAAAAACACAAAACGUCUCCGCGAAAUACCAAGUCUGUAUUAACCACGACGCCCGCAGCGGUUAAAAAUAAAACCGUAUUAUUUUAUAAUUUUAUAACCUGAACCGAACCCGAACUGUUUCUGUGUUAAGCGUUAUGUGUUAAUUACCAGUGUAUUUUAAAUUUGGAACGGAUGCUGCAUCCAACCAUGUCCAAGAAAAUGAAAAUAGCUGAAUAAUAUUAGUUUAAACUAAAAAAAAUAGAAAUAAAAACACGCCCAUGAAUUACAAGAGCCUAGUAUUGAUGCCUUGAGUCGUUCGUGAAAGUUUGACAAGAAAUCAAAGAUGGCGUCGUGCCUCGGUGGCCAUUUUGGGCCCGGCCAUGAUUAUGUGCCGGUGGCGGAGUUUUACGCCGACAAAUCGGUGUUCGUUACCGGUGGGACAGGAUUUAUGGGGAAGGUGUUAGUGGAAAAGCUGCUGAGGAGUUGUCCAAAAAUAAAAAAAAUCUACCUGCUGAUGCGGCCAAAGCGCGGGCAGGACGUCGCGUCUCGUCUCGCCGAACUCACACAAUCCCCGUUGUUCGAGACGUUAAGAAAAGACCGGCCCCAGGAGCUCAACAAAAUCGUGCCCAUAGUCGGUGAUAUCACGGAACCCGAGCUGGGGAUCAGUCCAGCGGACCAGUCCAUGCUUUGUCAAAAGGUGUCAGUGGUAUUCCAUUCAGCAGCGACGGUGAAGUUCGACGAGAAACUAAAGCUAUCGGUGACCAUCAAUAUGCUGGGCACGCAGCAGUUGGUUCAGCUUUGCCACAGGAUGUUGGGGCUCGAGGCCCUAGUCCACGUUUCAACGGCGUAUUGCAACUGUGAAAGAGAAAGAGUAGAAGAGACCGUGUACGCACCCCCGGCGCACCCUGAACAUGUGGUCACCUUGGUACAGACGCUACCUGACGAUCUGGUGGACAGGAUCACACCGGAUUUAGUGGGAGAUAGGCCUAACACAUACACGUUCACGAAGGCGCUCGCGGAAGACAUGCUCAUUAGGGAGUGCGGUAACCUACCUGUUGCAAUCGUCAGACCUUCAAUCGUGCUUUCAUCUGUACGAGAGCCGGUCAAAGGUUGGGUAGACAACUGGAACGGACCCAACGGCAUCAUCGCGGCGGUUGGCAAGGGCAUCUUCCGUACGAUGCUGGGCACGGGCACCAGGGUGGCGGACCUGGUGCCCGUCGACACCGUCAUCAACCUGAUGAUUGUGUGCGCUUGGCGGACCCACUUAAGACGAGGCGAUGGCGUGAUAGUAUACAACUGCUGCACGGGACAACGGAACCCCAUCACGUGGCAGACAUUCGUCAAGACCAGCUUUAAAUACAUGCGGAAACAUCCCUUCAGUGAAGUGGUGUGGUACCCUGGAGGUAACAUCACGAGUAAUCGGCUGUUGCACAACACCCUUGCGUUGCUACAGCACCGAGCUCCUGCCACCGUUGUCGACUUCUUCGCCAAACUUUCGGGGAGCAAACCUAUGAUGGUCCGUGUCCAAAACAAAUUAGAAAAGGCUUCCUCAUGUCUGGAGUACUUCACAACCCGCCAGUGGGCGUUCGCAGACGACAAUGUCCAAGCGCUCUGUACUGCGCUCUCUCUGGAGGACCGUAACACCUUCGACUUUGACGUCACCAACAUCGACUGGGACGCGUACAUCGAGAGCUAUGUACUGGGCAUCAGGAGGUUCCUCUUCAAGGAGAGUCCUGAUACACUGCCGCGCUCCAGAAAGAUAUUACGAAGGUUACACAUAGUUCACAUUUUAACACAAGUGGCUGCCGUAUUCUUCCUGUGGAGAUUCCUGUUCAGUCGCUCGAACGCGCUACGGAGCGUCUGGCGUCGCAUCGUCGACAUGCUGACGCGCGCCGCGCGACUACUCGCCGUCGCCUGAUGUCGUGCGACUUUCUGAUACACGCUUAAAUAAUGCCACUUGACGCGACAAAUAAACGCUUGAAUACUGAAUCUUUUGUGGACGCGCGACUAUUUGUUUCGGGAUAGCGAAUUGUUUCGGGCGUAAUUAGAGACUUUUAAUGAAGUAAUUGAAGGUUUAUUUAAAGUUAAGUUAAAAAAAACAUUACUGUGUCGUGAUGUGUUGCAAUUUGCAACGCAACGCGCGACUAUCGACCAAUCGUGAUAAACUAGUACGCAAUUUUCAUGUAUAAUGGAUGACUUUCGAUCGCCUUCUGUCGCGUCACGUCACACAGUAAUGUGUUUGCUCCUUAAGACAAACCUGUCUUACUGGAGAUUUUAGGUGGUAGGGAAACAUGGACGGUAGACGUUAGGGAAAGAGUGUUCAAUAAAGAAACUUGAAAACAUAUGAAAAAAAUAGGUUUAACUUCUAUCGUGUUUCACAAAGAAAAUUUUUUUCUAUGCUAAUUUAUUAUUCCUAAUGCUACUGCUUUUUCACCAACGUAUGCAAACUUCAAAUCUGUAGUGCAAAAUUUUGCUGCAACAUGCUGCAUUCAUUUUUAGAGUGAACAGCCUUAAUUCGACGUCGAAGUUUUUAAGUACCGCGCAUGCUACGCUUGCAAAACUUUCACGUGAUUUAACGUACAAGUUUGAACUUGUCUACAAAAUUCGGAGGUAUCGCUCCCGAUUCGGCACAGUUUAGGCAUUUAUGUCCUAAAUGUAGAAUAAAUAAAAUCUAAUUACGCCUGUUGAGAAAAAUAGUGAUUUGGCCCGGAGUCGCGCGACAAAUUGUUGGCCAGUGCUUAGAUUUUUUGGCGUUCAAUCCGCAUCUGUAUUACGAAACUUGGUUGCAAUCACACGUGAAUCCAAUAACAACAAUAGCGACGAUUGCAAUGCCUUCUGUUUCGUAAUGCAACUGUUGAUGUUCGAUAUAAUUGUUAGUAAGCGCUUAGGUAAAUCUUUUUUUCGUCCUGAUGUUAAAAUACUUUUAGGUGGUGAUUUUUUUAAUCACUGAGAAGGUGAACAAUGAAAUGACAGUUUCUUUGUCAUUUUAGUCUAAUGCAACAAAUCGGUUAUUAAUAAAUAAUGAUUAUUGAAAUGCGAGGAAAUCGUUCCGAAACAUUCUUUCUUUUAAAGGCAUCUCAAUUCCCAAUUAAUAGUGAACCCCCGUUAUUAUCAAACUUUGAUACCAUGCGAUAGUCACAAUGAUUCCGAUUGGUUGACAGUGUUGACACUCUUCCGUUAUUGGCUAAAAUGCCAUUUUAGCAAUUCCGGGACAUGUUAUGUUAAACUUUUAGUGCUCCACUAAUAAUAAUGCUAUACAAAAUUAAUUUAAACUAUCGUGAGUAGUAAUCAAAAAAAUUGUGUUAAGGGGCAUAGUGCUACCAAGCGGCAAUUUUAGUCAUAUUUGAGGCCAUGUUUCUUGGCAAAUAUAUAGUAACAUAUCAGAAGUAAAUAGAUAUGAUAUGUUAAUUUACGAUUAAUACUUAAGCUUUAAUUUAAUAAUCAAAAAUUAAACACCAAUAUAAUCACGACAUAAGUGGUUAUAAGUUGUAACUUACUUAAAUUGUUAUUUCUCCUGGACGGACCGAAAAAUAUAAAGCGAAAAGUAUUUUUUGGGCUUAAAUAUUACCUAUCAUUCUGGCAUCAGUC